UAAAUAGUCGCAUUCAUUUCUUUAAUUUUUUUGGAUAGGUAAAAGUGUUUGUAAGUGGCAAAGAAUACAUGUUAGCUAUGCCAAAUAUUUCUUCAAGAAUAAUCUUUCAACACGUAGCUACAUAAUCUGACGACGUGUAGGAACUACAAAAUCUUUAAGCAUUGUACAUAGUUCUCAAACAAUUAAAAAAUAUAAACUGAAAUUGUCUUCUAUAUACCUACGGAAGAGACUAAAGCGAUCUAUACAAAUGUCAUCGCAGAUGUGUCCAAUGUUAACAUCGUUAGUAUCAUAUCUAAAAUCGCCAAUGCAAAUUUAUUCUUUACACGCGAAGAGAGGUCAGGCAAAAAAUGGAAAUAUAUUUCGACUUAACCGAUUUGCGAAAGAGAACUUCUUGAAGGAAAAGGAGGAAGCAAUUUUUCAUACAUAAUUUCAAACUGGUCUCAUCGCAAGAGAUUCUUCAGCUCCGGACAAUUAAUUGAAAGAAUUUUUGUAAUUAAAAAUUCCAUUUCUCAAUGACGGUAAGAAAAGACAAUUUUCUGGUUAAAGAGAAUUCUUUUGAUAGUUUUUUUUUUCAUUGAAGGAAUUUAAAGUUAAAAGAGUGAUCGUGAUCUAUAUAAUAUUGACUUUUGCCGUUUCUCGUGCCAAGAUGUCUUUCUAAAUGAUGACUGCGGUGUGUGCUGCAUAAAAGUUGAGAUCACUUCGGGAUUUCUGAAUUUCUUAUGAGGGAAUUUGCAAUGAUUCAAUUAAAUGAUACGUUUGGCAUAAAGCUUGUUACUUUGUGCGGUGACUUGCAUUAAACAGUUUAGUGCAUUGAUCGACUAAGAUUAGGUAUAAUGCCAUUUCAAUUCAAAUGCCAAAUCAGGUGUAAAAAAGACAAGACAUUGCGCGUAAUAAUCCAUUCUCAUGCCUCAAAAAUUUAUUUAUUUGUUUGAAUUUAUGACGUGUGUGCGAGAAAAUUCACUUGACAUAAAAAUUUUAUGCAAAUUAUGAAUAAUAGGCGUUUCAAAUGGAUUUAAUCCAUAAAAUAUACCGAAUUAAUUCUCUAAAAGCUGUUUUUGAAAUUCUCUUAGAAGUAUUUUUCUUUUAAAAAAAAGUUCUAUUACACGUUGUCGAGUUUCAAAGCAAGUCUUGAAUUUAAUUAUUCUUUAAAUAAAAAAGACUAAGAUACCUUUCUCAUAAAGUUCAAGAAUCAAGUUCAGAUUAAACAUUAAAAAUAAAAUUAGGAUCAAAAAUAAUCUUCAAUACUAAGCAAAAACAAUUAAAAAAAAAACUCAUAAAAAUUUUAAUAAAAAGAAAAUUUGAAAGCUUAAAUUCUUUUCAUCACCUUGACUGCGCUCGUAAAAAAUAAUAGAAAAUAUUUCCUCAAGAGUAAUUUCAAUUUGUAGACUCUCCACAAUAAGUCCAUAAAAUGACGUUAACAAGAAGAUCUUGCAAGAUCAAUUGAACCAUUUCUAAUAAAAAAAAAUUUACAAUAAAAUAAACAUAAAAUUUGCAUGUUAUAUAAUAUCACUGUUGCAAUCUGCAAACUAUGUUUGCUAUAUAUUGAACCUUGAUGUGAAGAAGGAAAAGCAAAACGUAAAGCAGACAAAAUUGCAUUGCAUGAAGCAAAGAUAAAAUUUCAAGAAAACCCCCAUAAACCUUAUUUAGUGAUUAAAAUGGCUCAAUAAAUGCUGCAAAAGAGUUCAAUCCGAAAUAUAGAUCAAUUUAUUUUCAAAAAAAAAAAAAAAAUAUAUAUAUAUAUAUAUAUAUAUAUAUAUAUAUAUAUAUAUAUAUAUAUUACUUUGUUAAUCGCAGCAUGAAAAUUUUAUUCGUGAAAUGAUAGCAGCUUCCUGCCGGCUAACUUUUAGUCCUACAGCGAAUUUAUACGUUGAUCAUUGAUCAUUCAUGAUCGCAAGGCAUUGUUCUUGUCAUAUUGAAAAGAAGAAGGGAAGGGGGCAUAUUUAAGGUAUGCCUUUGCAUGUUCAAAAGUCCACAGCAGUUUGUUAUACCAACAGCGCCAUUGUAGAUAUGUGAGGAAAAUAAUGGUGCAAUGUGGCAGAUGGUGCACGCGAUUUAAAGCGCGAUCUUUCGUUUAUGAAACAUUUGGGUUAGAACCAAGAAUGUACUGACAUAUCCUUUUUAAUCUUAUUGAAAAUUUAGCACUCAUAAGAUAACAAAUAAAUAGGCCAAACUGGGUUAGAAUCAGGCUUUUUUUUAUAAUAAUUAGAAUUUUUUUUAUAGAUUUUGAAAAUAAUCAUUGAGGGCUACUAAUAUAAAAUUUUUUUUGAAAAAAAUAAGUAAAAAUAAAUAAAGGCAUUAGAAAUACAGGAAGAUGAAAAUAAAAUUGAAAUAUCAGAAUUUUAUUUAAUAUAUUAGUAUUAGAAUAAACAAUUUACAUAAUAAACUUCUUUUUUAAAUUUUUAUUAUGCUUUCAAUAAAUUAAUUUUAAAUUUGAAAUCUUUAUUUAACACGUUGAGAGAUGAUUUUUAAACUCAGAAAAUAAUUUUGGGAUGCCGUAUAAUAAAUACUUAAAUUUCUUACAAAUCUGUACCCGGCAGGACCAUAGUAUUCUAACGUUUUUAUUUAGACGUAUUUAGGCACAAUUUGUAACCAUAUUGGAUUUGAAUUUAAAUAUCUGUAAGAAAAUUGAAACUCUUAGAAAAUUCACCGUCCCUCGAUCAUGUAAAAGAAAACUAAGACGUAGUAUGGACUUUAAUUGCGACUGCGCCAAUAUUUUCGCCACUGUACUUUACCUAUUUGAUACAUUGUGCAAAUUUAACCCAUGGAACAGUUACACAAAUCGCGCACAGACAUUCGCCUCUUUCAUGUGGCGGGAAAACGUGCUCCGCAAGAGUGAGCGAGAAAUUGCAUGAAAAUGCCUUUGGAUGCAUUUCCUUCCAGUGUGUUGGUGAAUUGAUGUUCACCAUGAACCGGAACCCAAAGAGGGUGCCUUCUUCAAUUAACACAACUCUAAGUCAACAUGCAAGUAAUGUAAGAUUUCACUUGUGCAAAUUUAGUUAGGCAACUCUGUAUAUGCGUAUUCGAUUAAAAGACUACCUUUGUGACGUACUUAUAUAUCUUUACUUAUAAAUUCAAUUUUAUUUAUGAAGAAUUCUAGGAAAUCUAUAUGAAUUAUAUAUUUUUUUUAUAAAAAAAUUAGUUGGGUAAAAAAAAGAUAAAAAGCAUUACAACAUAAAAAAAACAUAAUUAGAUUGAAAAAAAAACUUUUUUAAUAAAUCUUUUAAAAAAGCUAAUAAUUUAAAGAUUUUUUCAUGUUUCAAAAAAGUUUAUCUUUAUCUCUUUGUGAGAUUACCAUGUAAGCAUAUUUAAUUUUUAACAAUUAUUAAUGCUUUUCGACUUAUUAUUGAUUUUUUAAAGAUUAAAUUCUGGUUCAUAAAGAAAAAUUAAAAUUAUAAUUAUCUUAUUCCUAUAAAAAUAAUAAGAAGUCUUUGCUAGAUUAAUAUCCCAUAGAUAUGUCAUAUAUGUUUUACUAGACAAGAGAGCAUAACUUCUAGCUAUAUAGACGAUAAAUUAUUAAUCUAUUUUUAAAUUGUUCUAAGUAUUCUAAAUCAAUUUUAAAGACUUUAUUUUUAAAUAAAUAUUGAAUAAACAGAAUAAACAGAACACUAAACAAGAGCUGUUUAUGAAAAUAGCACAGCUUUUUUAAUAUAUAUUUUUUAAUAAAACAGAAAAUAAAUGUUUAAAAAAAUCUAUAAAUUAGAACAUAGAUCCAUGAAAGAAAAUGCUUCAUCAUUUUUAAUUUCUUAAGAAUGUCUCUCUGUAAUAAAUAGUUGAGACAUAAUUCUUUGCUAUAAAAGAACUCAAAUUAUUUUUAAAAAUUUAAGAUUUUGCUUAAAAAAAAACUAUUAUGAAAAAUAAUUGCGAAUCUAAAGAACUUUUCCAGAAAAUCUAAUCCCUCGAUAUAAAAAUUAAUAAGUCAGCUAGCUGAUUUUUUAGAAUGUGCUUAGUGCUUAGACUACUAUGAUUUUUUUGUCAUACAAUAAAACCUUUUAAGAAUAACGAAAUGAAUGUUCAUAUUGGAAAAAUUAAUGAACGACACACUCUCGUCCGUAAAAAUGCCCUCGCGUUUAUUUUAUCAUGAAAGCCCCCUAUUACCUUUAAAAAAAAAACAACUAUUGCACAAAAUCAGGUAAAUUCCCAAUAAUAUAAGCAAAUUUUUGCUGUGUAAGUUUCAUCGCAGGUUAUUAUGUACAUUAUUUAUAAUUUGAUGAUAUAGCUCAAUCACGCAAUUUAUUUACAUACCCAGCUUCCCAAUUCCUUAUCUGGAGGCGAAAUAUUUCGCGUAGGAAUGAAAGUUGGUUGUUACGGGCAUUUCUUAUGAGCAGACUGGUUAAAUGUGGGGGGACCUCAUGGGUGUACUGUCGAAUUCUUUGUCGAAUCAUUACACUUGCGUGCUAUAUAUCUGUGAAACCCCUUAGCCCCCCUAUUGUCCAGGAAGCACGGGGAGCAUACCUUUUGGAAGUGAAUGAGUGUGUGAGAGAGAGAUAAAUAGAAUCCCAGGUUUUUCAUCACACAGGGGGCUCCCUUUGAGACUUUUUGUGCAUACAUUUGCAAGCAAAAGUUUUCUUCGCAUGUGGAGCUUAUCAAUACUACCGCAUGAGUUGCCUGUAGAGGCUACCUCCGAAGUUUACGGGUGUAAUGAUACACACAGAGAGUCCCACCAUUUGAUCAUUUUCCCAGCCAUGUGUUCGUAUAUGCGCGAAUGCAGUGAAGAUUGCAAAUAAAGGAGUGAGUGACGUUGAGCGGCAAAAUAUCUUGGCAUUGAUGCGAUUUGCUGUUGAGGAGAAGCUCACCAGCACCGUGAGCGUGUCGAUACAUAUGGGAUUGUAUAUAUGCAAUCCGUAUGCACUAUCGCAACCCGAAAGACCGUGCAUAUUGACUGUAUUCAGUUGCUCUCAAGCCGUGCUCUGUGUCACUCAUAUAGCUCAAAUCACCGCCGCAUCGAUACUAUACCCUCAGUCUGUUUGACACCACCAUCGACGACAGUUGCAUGGUGCGCUUUUGCAAAAUCCUUAACCUUGGUGGCUAUUUGCAUUUUUUCAUUCAGACCAAUUUUUGCGUGACGGCGCCUCUUUGCUAUAUACAAUACAUAUAUCUCUCGCGAUAUAUAUAACACAAACCGCUAAGUGGAUGAUUUUUAAUUAAAAAGAAAACUUGAAAUAAAAUAAAAAAGUGAGUGUAUUGAAAAUUUUCAAACUACGCUGCAUUUAAUAGAUGUGAAUAAAUCAUUUUUUGCGUUGUUACUCACAAAAUUAAAGUUUUCACACUCUCUCUCCCUCUCUCGGGGAGAUAAUAACAUUGUGUGUACCGGAGAGAAAAUUAUGUGAGCUGCUAAAGACUAUGUUUGAGUUUAAAUGAAACCUGCGGGACAUAUAUACAACAUUAAAUCUCAUUUAGUGAACUUUUAAUCUUAGGGCUAUGAUUUGUUGAUGACGAAAAAAAACAAACUGUUUUGAUUAAUUACACGUGAAUUAGCGAAGACUGCGUGUUUGGUCACAUGGUGAUGAGCCCUCACGUAAUGGCUACCAAUUGUUCAUUACAACAGUGUUGUACAGCAUAAUUGCGCGAAAAAAAAAAAAACUUCUUUUCCUCCUCUUGGUGAAGGUGGAAGAAGCAAAUCUGCAAUAACAGUUUCUUCUACAUAUAAAAUAAACUCAAAGUGGCAUCACUGAGGGAGUUCAAACUUGCAAAAAAAACACAAUUGGUGGAUAUUUUUUGUUUUAAAAACAUUUGCUAUAUAUACCUACAAUUGCUAUAUAUAUUCACAAAAACACAGAGACUACAUAGGCAACAGUUGCAUUGUGAGACGAUUUAGUGACUUGUUGCUCCACCAUAUAAAUAAAGUGGAUGCUGUAAUUACAGGCACUUUUAUCAUUGCGACUACAUUGUAGUACAUAUAGCUAUAUACACAAAGUACAUAUAUAUUUACAAAGUACAAGUCUAAGGCGUGCAAAAAAGCACAACAGAGUCUGAGAGUGUGAGACGUGCGAAAAAUUCUCUUGGUGGUGUGCAUUGAAAACUUUCGAGUUGUGCUUCGAUAUCUAGACUUUGUCUGUUUCUUAUUUUUUUUUCUUAACUUAUUCCCUCACUGUGCUGCACUCCAUGCUUGCCAUGGUGUCGAGAAACGUGCCGUAUGCCAGAGACCAAGCGUAAAGGUACUGACAACUCUUCCGUGCGAACCCCCAUCAGAGACAAUUAAUUAUUCAAAUUCAAAAGUUUACCACUCAAUUGACCUCCAUGGCUGUAAGAUUGACUUGCACAAGACAUUCUCACUCUUAAGACAUCUCCUAAUGCUUAGCGUAAUAUAAGAAUAAAGUUUCUGCAGAAAGAGAUCUUCAAUCAUACAUAUGUGUGGUACCCUAUCUUUUGAGCGUCCGCUGUGAGUGCGCUUUUAUCCUCCUGUUAUAAUCAUAUAGAGAAAACCAAAAACCCCCCUCAAGCUCUGAUUGAGCACUAUCUAUUCGUCUUGAGAGUCGGCAGAAAAUGCCAAAGAGAUAGACACUGAAGUAAGACCAAGAGAAAAGGUGAGAGAAACGUGGCAAAAGUGAUGACUAUUUGUCUUUGGUUAAACAGUCAAUCGGCGCAAGAAGUGAGAGAUUUCGCAUCACAAAGAAUAUACAUUGCAUUUAGGGUUGGACAGUAAAGACAUACCCUCAUUGUGCUAAAAAGUCGUGUGUGCUCAAGUCAUUAUCUUAACUUAGAAGGUGAUCGUGAGCUCUGAAAGAGAUCAAUCAACAACAACUAAAAAAGAACGAAACUUGGCUAAAUUCACUCCAAGUGGCACGCUGUUGAUGGUGUCGGAGCACAAUACGUGGAGCGACGUGAUGUCCAAUUCGGACCUCACAGACUCGAAGAAUGAGUUGUGCGGGGGAGCCUCGAGCUCCAGCGGCAACUCAUUGAGCCCGAGGACGCCGCCAAAUUGCGCCCGCUGCCGCAAUCACGGCCUCAAGAUUGCCCUAAAGGGUCACAAGCGUUACUGCAAAUUUCGCUACUGCAACUGCGAAAAGUGCCGCCUCACGGCCGAACGACAGCGGGUGAUGGCCCUACAGACGGCCCUAAGACGUGCUCAGGCUCAGGACGAGGCGCGUCAAAUCUCCGCGGAUGAGGUGCCACCGACACCACCGCCACUUACUGGUCAAAUUGAAACAACGCCCAAAAGUCAGUGCGACGGUGAACUACCGCGAUCGAAUACAGUGCCAACUCCGGCACGUUCCCUCGAGGGCUCCUGCCACUCAUCUUCGGCAACACCAUGCUCCGCUUCUGGUGAACCCAUCACCGUGCCAUUAAGCCGCAAGCCACCACCAGUUAAUCCAACCGUUAGAAGCCCAGCAGCAAGUAAGUUUUUCUUUAUCUUUUCUACACACUUACAUACCUAUAUAAUAUUAAAUAUAUAUAUUUCUUAUCUCUAUUUGCCAUCUCAGAAGAUUUAUUCUCUUUAUUGUCAUAAUUUCCUUAUUGUGAACAAUAUAGAGUAAUAUAAUAGGAGAGCAUAGUCCAAAAUUGAUCAAUAUUGAUUUACUGAUCUUUAUAUUUUAGUAUUUCAAAUUAUCUGAAAGUUUUUGAAAAAAAAUUAAAAAUCAAUUUUUUUAAACAGUUCUGUUAUUUAACCCACGCUCAGACAAUUUCCUUUCUUGACUUUGAAUGAAUAAAAAAUGUCUCAAGAAAGAUUCUUUUUUUUUUUUCAAAAACGAAUGUAUUCGAUUAAGGACAAAGUUUUAGAACUUUUGUUCUUUGGUUUAAAAAAUUGAAGUUUUAGACAAUUUAAAAAAAAACCUGAACAAAUCUAGAUUUAAUAUCAAGAAUUUAAAAUGAAAUUCAGUCUGCCUAACUUUGCAGUUAUAAAAGGGUUAAAAUAUUGGUUAAGAAAACUCUAGAGUAUCGAAUUUGGACAAUACUCCCUUAUCUAUUGUAAUGGAGUAGGUAUAAAAUAUAAUUCUGAGAGUGAUUCGCACUUAUUCUACAAAUUGCUUUACGAUAAAUUGAAAACCAAGAUCUAAAUGGGAUUUCAUAACUUCUUAAGACCGAGAAUUUAAGUGAAUUAAGCCUUACAGAUUUGAAAAGGUUAUAAUUCCAAUAUAAGACUUCAAACGUUUUGCUUCUUAUUGCAAUCUCUUAUCAUUAAAUAGAUUUUUUGAAAAAGAAAAUUCAACCAUUACCACUCUAUGCCAAAUGAAUGAUAUCAAUGUAAAUGGAAGAUUUAAUUACAUAGUAAACAUCCUAUUUAAAGGUCAAGCAGUAGUGUAAGAAAAAUCUAAAUUCUUUAACUGAUUAGAAAAGUCGCGAUUGCAAGGUUACAGAUGGAAUAUUUUUAUAUGAUUUAAUCUUAUUUAAUGACUAUUUUAUUAUUUAAAAAAUAUUUUCUCCUUUAAAAAAAAUAUUUUUCCUUAUUUUUUAAUUUAUUAAAAUAAAAUAACUGACGUUAGAAUAGAAGUUUUCUUGAGAAAAAUUCCCAAACUCAUUAAAAUGUCUUCAAUAUAUAUAUUUUUUAAAGUGGUUUUAAUUUUGAUUUCUAAACUUAAUCCAUUCUAUCCCACAUCCCCCUACGCUCUUAAGAUUUUCUUACAUUUCUUGUAAAAAAAAUCAAAUGUUCCAACCUUGAUUCUAACAUUUAUUAUUUCUACAAAGCUCAAGUUGUCAAGAAUUCGCGCUUAUUCAUAUUUUCUGACAGUUUUCUUGGCAAAGUUAUGCCUUUAAAUACAAAAUUAAAGUCAGUAAUCAUUGUUGCGGUUGCAAUAAAAAUUCUUACACGAAGUUGAAUUUCAUUCCUUUUUGCGGUGUGAAUGGGAUUGAGUCGUCUGAUUGAGUGAUCGAUUGCUAUAUAUAAAUCAAAGCUCUGCCAGAGAAAAGUGGUGAGCUUUUGAGGAAUUUAAUUUUAUUAAAUGAGAGAUUUUUUUCCCGUAUUUCCUUUUUGUUAUUCUUAUUUUGUUUCUUAUUUAUUUUUUUGAUGUUCUUGUUUACUUUUUUUUGUGAAGGAGAAUUUGUUGCCAAAAAAAUACAUGUGAUCGGCAGACUAAUUUAAUGGGUGGAGAUUUUUUUGUCGGCAAAGUGUCUGAGUAGAUAAUGGGGCAAGCGCGUAAAAGCCUUUAGUUGAUCAGUACGCAUUCUUUGCUGGGUUCUUAAUGAUCCCGCGCCAAAAUACGGCUAUAUAGCCGAUGGGAGUGAAGAGUUCGUUUUCAUGUGGGCAAAAUUUUGUGGACUUUUCUCUUCGUUGGGAUGUACCGCCGGAGAGACUUUUUCGUUUGCUGCAAAAGUGGCAAAGACCCAAAAGGGGAGAAUGUUAUUCUGAGGGGCUCUUCAGGCAUACUCUCGGUGCACUGCCUGCAAGUAUAAAUAUCAAUCGUAUGAUUGCAAGGAGAGAAGGUAGAGAAUUCUAAGGUGUAUAACCGGUUCCCGUACAUAACGCCAACUUCCAAUUUAUUAUGUGUUAAAUGAUGUAAGCGCAACAGUGUUGUAGCAUUUCGCGAUGGAAAUCUAUAAAUAAAGGCAAAAGUUGUCAGACAUAAUGCCAAGUCCACAUGGCGGAAGGUAUGGAUGGCGCGGUUUAGUUUUUUGUUGUUGUUAAUUCACCAGAAGUGCACCAAGUUGUCCCAAAAUAUAUAUAAUGGACUACUUUUGCAAUCGAAUGAGCAACGAAGAUGGUUCAAAGGGAGAUUGUGCUCAAAGGCGCAACUGCUUUUUAUUUAUUUAUAUACUGCCUCGUAAGAGGUCAAAAUCUUUAUCAUUGCCUUGAAAAGUAUUCUUUUUUCCGCGAGUUAAGAGUACCUUUACCUACCUAUAUGUACCUAUAUGUAGGUAUAUAGGUAGUUCAUAACAAUAAAGUACCGUCAUUGUAUUUAAUUUAACCCAUUUCUGCCGAGUUUCAAUGAUUUUUGAUCAAAAAGAAAUAAUUAUUUAUAAUUUUACUUAAUUAAUUUUGUUUUUUGUUUUAUUUUAUUUCCUUUAUUUUUACAAAGAUAAUGAAAACCAGCAAAGACUAGAACAUAUAUGACAGAUUCUAAGUAUGUACAGAAUUAAAAUGUAGAAAAAGAUUCAAAAAUAAAACAAUUCAAAAAAAUAUUCAAAUUUUUAUGAAAAAUCUCCUUAUGAUUUAAAAAAAAAAAUUCCCUUAGGAAAGGCCAUUUUUUUUUAUACAAACUUUAAUUUGUUCUAAUUCUGAGAUUAAAAUUUCUGUAAUUUUUUAUAAAAACUAACUAAAUUAAUACUAAAUUUGAUAAAACUAAAAAAUAUAAAAAAAAAACAAAAGGAAAAUUAAAACAUAAUUAAUAAAACUCAAAACAACAAUCUCUCAAUUGUAAGGACAGAAUGUCUCACAAAAUGUAGUCCAAUCGUAAGAAAUGGGUUAAGAAAGAUCAAUUUAUUGAUGAUUCCGAAUUAUUAUUGUUUCAAGUUAUUUUGUAUUAUACAGAAGUAUUUCUUAUUUCUCACUCUUUUUCUUUUAAAUCAACGAAUUAUCUCACGACUUUUUCAUUCUUAUAGUUUAUUUACCGUCGGAGAAUACUUGAAGUUUUUUCUCUUAUUUUCCCCAUACGCGUAUGAGUGCUUCGAAGAUGUCGGGAUGUGACGUGUAAACAAUUCUUUAAAGUUAUGGGCAAAAGAAGAAAACAGUUCCAUCCAUUCUCAAUUUGGACUGAAGAAUUUGUGAGACCUCUUCAAUAAAUCUUGACUCUUCUUGAGACAAUGAAGUUAUUACAUCUUUCUUUAGAAGGUUUUUCUUUUAAAUCUUAUUAAGGGUUUUUCUUUUACUUUUUUUGUGUCUUAUUUUUAAGUAAUUUUCUAUAAAAUGCUUCCCAUUAAAAAUUUUUUUUUUUAAUUCUGAAAUACUUUAAAAAAUUAAUUCAAUUGUAUUUUUGUAUAAAAGCUUAAGAUAGCAUUGUUGUGUCACUUCUUACUCGUUCCGUAGUUGAUAUGUAUGGUACAUCAGUGACUGACAAUCCGUUUAAGAUAGACCAGAUAGACCCAAUGUAGUUUUCUUGGUAAUUGUUAACAAUUCUUUACAAAUUCUCUGUAAUCUGAACACGAAGGAUUUUUCGAGAUCAAUCAGGCAGACAAUUCAAACUAAUUAUUUCUUUAAAAAAAAUUAAUACACGAUAUAUUGAUAACCAAUUAGUUGCCCACACUGCUUGAUUACUUUAAGAAUGUAAUCAAUCUUUCAAUCUUGUUCCAUUUGGAAAUGUCUUGCAGAAUCCGCAUCUUAUCAAGACUCUUGAUUAUUGUUUUGUUUAUUUAAAAAUUCUUUUUGAAAGAAAAUGCUCUUAAAAAAUAUCACAUUUCAAAGUGACCGAAAAAUAUCGUUUUUUUCUCAGGUACAUAUAUGUAUUUUGCAAUAAAAGGAUUUAUACUUACUUUCUUUUCUUACGGUGCGUGUACGGAAUAUUUUAAUCUGAAAUACCGGAAUCUUCCCACAUUAAACAGUAUCGAAUCUGUGUGGGUUCUUUUACUCAAACAAAAAUUAUGCGAAAUCCAACAUAGACCUUCUCUUUUUCAUGCUUCUUCUCUUGCCCUUUUCGCAUAUUAUAUACCUAUAUAAAAAAAAAGUUAUUCAAGUAAUUCAAUGAGUUUCAAAUUAUUUUAAAUGACUGGAGAUUUCUGCAUAUUUCCCUUAUUUAUUUACCGGGGGAAUUUUAUCGUUAAAGUGAGCGCACAAUGUGUGCAAUUUUGUGAUUAUAUUGAACACCACAUAAGGUGUUUAAUGUGGUAGAAAUUUAUUCUUUACAGUGUGGUAAAGAGAAGAUUAUUUACGACAAUCUCGCGGUGACCGCUUUUCCAAUUCAACUCACAUCGAUUUCUUUUGCCCAAAGAACUUAUGAUCUACUUUUCUCAAUUAUUUUGGAAAUACAAUAAAAUAUUUUUUUUAAUGUUUUAAUCAAGUAAAGAUUUUUUUUCUAAUUUAUUUUGUGUAAAAAAAAUUAAGAAAUCUAUAUUUGACGAGCUGAAUUCACUCUUAAAAAGUUUUGGUUAAAAUCACUGAAGUGAUGAGUGAAAAUGCAUUUUAAUUGAAUAAAUCAGUUAAUAUAACCGAUUUUAUAAGGAAAAUGACGGAAAAAUUCAAUGAAAUGAUAAAAAAAAACGAUUUAAAUGUUCAAAAAUACCGAAAUAUGACCAAAGGAAUAAAACAGUUGAAACAAUAGGAAUGAUUUGGUUAAAAUAACAGAAUGAAACAGUCAGAAUAUCAUAAUGAAAUGAUUAAAAGUAAAGAAGUUAAUCAGUGAAAAGAAAAUAUAGCCGAUUGAAAAGUCAAAAAGACUGAAGAUUACGUUCAUUGGUGGAAGAUAGAUGGUUAAGUUAUUCAAGCAAAUUACAUUCUCCCCAAAAUGUUUUCACUUAUUGAAUUGGUCAAAAUACUCUCUCGAUGAUCCAAAUUGUCAGAUAUCUUCCACCCAAUUAAUCGGUUAAAAUCUUAAGAUAGAGAUUGAUUUCGCAAACACAAUAACUUAUUUAAUUAGUUAAAAUAACCGAAGUUUAACUAAAGUACUUUGGUUUAAGAUAUUACACAGAGUGAUUGGCAUUUUAACUGAAUUUUAUUUAACAGUGAUUAUCGUCUAUUGGACUUAUUUAAGCUAAUACAUAAUAUACAGCUAAAAUCUCUAAUUAAACUAAAAUAAAAUGUUGGUAAAUUGGUAAAAGAAAUAACCAUAAAAGAUAAGAAAAAUUUAAUUUAAGAAAUCGCCUAAAAUAAAACUUGAUAAAACGAUUAUUACUUUUUUUUCUCCAAUACUUUGCUGUUAUUCAACUUCUCCAACUUCCCACAAGAUUGCUAUAUAUGUAUAAUAUAUUGUGUGUAAACUACAUAAUAUACAAUACAAAAAAGUCAAACUAAAUCGUUUGAGAAUUUAUAAAAUCCUUUUUGAGAAACCGCAUUGGUUUGAAUAUUGAAAUGUUGGCAAACAAAGUUGAGUAGAGAAAGAGGAAAAUUAAUGGACAAUGUAUGUGUUUAUAUUUUUUUCCUGCUAAAUCAGUGAUUCGUAUCGUUCGUAUUCCAGACGAGAACAGAUUUAUAUCUCUCCAAUACAAUUAAGAAUAAUGGGGUGUCCGCAGAGAUCGACGAAAAAAACGCAGCGUUUGCAACAUCUCUAUAUAGUGCAGUGGUUUGGAAUUUAGAGAAAUAUGUCGUAAAAGGUAGCAUAUAACUUUGGCGUUUUCUUUUAAAAGGAGUCUAUGCAUUGUUAUGAGAAAGAAGUGAUGAUUUGUGGAAAAAUUGGGACACAGAGAGGACUAAUAAAAUUGAACAAGAAAUAGCCAAAAAGCUUUUUCCACUUAAUCCAACGUUUUCUUCGAAAUCUUUGACGAUUUCUUAUUAUUUUUUGAUCUUCUGAUAUAUAAAUCGUGUCCUCAUUGUUCCACGAAUUAUUACAUAAACUCCUUUAUAUUUUUACAAACAAUAUAGCUUACAUGGGCAGAUGUGAAAAUAUUUUUGAUUGUUAAGGAUUCGUCUUAUAAAUCCUUAAUAAAUUAGAUUAAAUAUUGUAAUUAGAUCCCUUCAGCUUACCAGAAGUUCCUUUUCUUAUUUGAAAAGAAAAUAAAAUAAGGAAGCGCGGCAAUUGGAAUUAAAGGAAAUCCUUCAUACAUAGUUACAAUCUCCCUCUACGAAAUACUCAAACUACAUAGAACACAAUCGUCGUACAAUCAAUGUUACAAUGCUGCAAGAGAUUGCAUUGGAAGAUGCUGCGGUAGGGAGCGCUCAUAUGCGAUUAAGCCACACUGUGUUGUUUAGAAUUGUUGGCAAAGAAUGUAUAGCAAUUGUUACUCGCCUAUUCUGGUCAUGCAAUUCCUCGUUGUAGGGAAAGGGGUGAUUUUUUCUGGAACAUUGUAUGCUGAAUUCGAGCUGGAUUGCAUAAACUUUUUUUUUCAUAUUGUUACCUAGCCCCCAACUGUUUGACAUUGUUGAGUUCCUCCUCUGUUAAACCCACUUCUGAGCAAUCUUUUUUGUUCUACAAGAGACAUUUAUAUAUCGCCAGAGAUGAAUUUCUACAUUUUCUAUGCCUCUUUUAUACCUGUUGCAUCGACAUAGGGGAAAAGAAUCAACAUUAAAUGAUUUUGCAUUAUGCUUGCAAUCUUGAUAGUCUCUCAAGUAGAUUAUUAGGAAUUUUUUAAGUAACACGUGAACGUAUUUAUCCAGAUUUUCUCAUUUAAUGGAGCAAUCUUAAGAAUUAAAAAGAAAAUCUUUAGUAAAGAAAUAGUAAAAAAUCGAAAAUGAAAAACCUAAAAACUUAUUCAAAUCUAUUUAAUUAGUCUUUAUAAAAUAACUGAAAAUAUUCAAGUUAAUGCGGAUAAUUUAAUAACAAAAUUUUAGCAAUUGGUACAAUAUGAUCAUAUAAGCUCCAUAUAUGUACAUAUGUAGGUAAAAUUUGAAUGUGAAGAGAACCACAAUUGACCUCGUUAUUACUAUGCUUUGUGGAUUACAUUCCGUAUCUGUGUAAUUAACAAUUGUCACAUUACGAACAUGCAUCGUAUUAUGCACUUGACUAUGUUGUCCGCCCAUUGAAUUAACGUCAUGUUCAUUACGUUGCGUAUCGAAUGGAAGGAGGUUUUGGCAUAUUUGUAUCAACCCCAUAUAAGGGGUUUCACCUUCACACUUUGGUAGAGGGUCACGUUUACACUUCACAAGGGUUAUUCAAUAAAUAUCCUACUUUAAUUAGUGGUUGAGAACAAAUUACAUACACCCAUUUUUGACUGUUGAAAUUUUAGAGCUUUAAGUCACGAAUAAAAUGCUUAACAUGUUUAUUAAAAUGUCUUUAUAAACAGGUGAGGUUUUUGGUGGUACCAUGUAUAUUUUUUUGAAAGAAAUAUAAGUUUGCUGUUUUUUUGGUUUUAUUGAUUUAAAAAAGAAAAA